UGGAGCCGAACACGGGGUGCUCUGUAUAAAAACCAGGAAUCAUUCCAAGGGAAACAGCACAUUUCAGCUCUGCUGAGACAUCACACAGAGGGCAGGGAUGCAGAAAACUAUCACUGGCUGCUUCUUCCAGCAAUUGUAUUCUUCCCUAACUGGCAUUUCAAUGGAGCGAGACCACAUGAAAGAUCUCAGAAGAUACCUGGCACUGAAGUAUAUCCAAUACCUCGUCCUGUCUUCCUCCAAUGCUGUCAGCACCCUCCUGGGCCUGCUGGGCAGCGCCUACACCAUGAUCCUCCUGCAGUCUGCCAAGGUCUCCUCCAAGUCCACUGCAGUCCUCAUUUCCAGCCUGGCCCAGGCAGACAUCCUGGUUUUGCUCAGCCUUGUUUCUGACGUGGUUUCGGGGGGUUUUGGUGCCGCUGUCCCUCCCGCGGCCUCGGCCGUGGCGCGGGUCCUGCUCACGGCCAACGCCCACGUGAGCUGCGUCCUGCUCAGCUGCGUGGCCUUGGAGGCCUACCUGAUCACCUUCCUGCCCUCGGAGUCGCGGCCCCUGCGGACAGUCAGGAACGCCAGGCUGCUGUCCAGGGUGGUCUGGGCGCUGGUGGCCGCAGAGUGUGCCCUGUUCCUCGUGGAUGACCACCUGAGGGCCGGCGGUGCCUCCGCUCCCUCCCGCGGCCCUGUGGGGCUCCUGUUCCAGCUCUGCAGCGCGGCCGCGGCCCUGCUCAGGUCCCUCAGCUACAUCCUGGGAAUUCUGCUGAGGAUUAUCAACGUCUACAUCUACUACAAGAUAUUUUUCAGCAUGUCUCCCAGGUCUAGACUCAAAUCCAAGUAG